GCAUCCUGUCCAAAUGCCCAUCAAGAAGAGCCCUCUUGCACCGGAUGCCUCCUUUGUUGAUUUUCCGCUCCGGAGUUUUGUUUUGGUGGGAUAUUAUUGGCGCUCUGAGAGCAGCGCAUGGCUCCUUUAGCCGGCAGGAACAGCAGCAGCGGUAGUAGCAGCAAUAGCAAUGGUGAUCCCAUGAAGUGGUGGAAUAGAGCUCUACCUUCUGAUUAAAGACUUUGUGAGAGACACCGGUGCCAUGGCAGGAGUCUUCGACAUUGAUUUGGAUCAACCGGACGAGUACGCGUCUGACGACGAGCUCCUGGAUGAGGAGGUUCAGCUCACUGAAGGCAUGGAAUGUAGUGCCUUUGAAUUUAAUAUAGAUGACUGUGAGAAGUUUGAAAUCUCUGAGAACAUCGUCAACAAGGGCCCUGAGCCCAUCAAGCCAGAAUGCUUUGAGUUACUUAGGGUUUUGGGGAAGGGUGGCUACGGAAAGGUCUUCCAAGUUCGGAAAGUGGCAGGUGCCGAUUCAGGGAAAAUUUUUGCCAUGAAAGUCUUGAAAAAAGCCAUGAUCGUGCGCAAUGCAAAGGACACGGCUCACACCAAAGCGGAGAGGAACAUUCUGGAAGAGGUCAAGCAUCCGUUCAUCGUGGACCUCAUCUAUGCCUUCCAGACCGGUGGCAAGUUGUACCUGAUCCUGGAGUACCUCAGCGGCGGGGAGUUGUUCAUGCAGCUGGAGCGAGAGGGGAUCUUCAUGGAAGACACGGCAUGCUUCUACUUGGCUGAGAUCUCCAUGGCUCUCGGCCACCUGCAUCAGAAGGGAAUCAUCUACCGGGACCUCAAGCCGGAGAACAUCAUGCUCAACAAUAAAGGCCAUGUGAAGUUGACCGACUUUGGCCUGUGCAAAGAGUCCAUCCACGACGGCACGGUCACACACACCUUCUGUGGAACGAUAGAGUACAUGGCCCCAGAGAUCCUGACUCGCAGUGGCCACAACAGGGCCGUCGACUGGUGGAGCUUGGGGGCCCUCAUGUAUGACAUGCUCACCGGGGCUCCACCGUUCACGGGAGAGAACCGAAAGAAGACCAUCGACAAGAUCUUGAAGUGCAAGCUCAACCUACCCCCGUACCUCACUAAGGAGGCCAGGGAACUGCUGAAAAGGCUGCUAAAACGCAACGCCUCUGCGCGGCUGGGAGGAGGACCAGGGGACUCCUCGGAGGUCCAGGCGCACUCCUUCUUCCGCCACGUCAACUGGGACGAGCUCCUGGCCCGCAACGUAGAGCCCCCCUUCAAACCCUUUCUGCAAUCGGCCGAUGAUUUCAGCCAGUUUGACUCCAAGUUCACCAGCCAGCCCCCGGUGGACAGUCCGGACGACUCCACCCUCAGCGAGAGCGCCAACCAAGUGUUCCUGGGUUUCACGUACGUCGCUCCUUCCGUUCUGGAAAACCUAAAGGAGAAGUUCUCCUUCGAGCCCAAGGUCCGCUCGCCGCGCAAGUUCCUAGGCAGUCCCAGGACACCUGUGAGCCCUGUCAAGUUUGCCAACGGGGACGUCUGGCCCCGGGCCCCUCUGCUGUCGGGCCCCCCGCCCCUGGUGUCGGCCUGCGGUCUGGCGGGGCACCGGCCCGCCGAGGUGUCGGCCGGCGUGGAGCACAUGGACGUGGGCGGCCACGGCAGCUCGGAGGUGUCGGCGCCGCUGCCCAUCCGCCGGCCCGCCAGCUUCGGCUGCACCACCCCCUUUAAGAAGCAGGCCUACCCCAUGAACUCCAAACGGCCCGAGCACCUGCGCUUGAACUUAUGACCUUAGCUGAGCCCCCUCGCCCACUGGACCGGAGCACUCUGCUAAAGGCCCCUUCUAUAGUGUUUUUUUUGUUUUUUUGUGUUUAAUCAAAACGGUCGUAUGGGUUGAUGAUGGCUUUGGAUACGCACCAAUCACCAGCUCCUCUUCAGGGAGUUCCCGCCUUCCCACCACACAACACUCCUCCUUAUUAGCUGAGCCUGGUUUACUCGGUCUUUGCAGAUAACCAAUAGAAUACUUAUUUUAUUUUAUUUUUUUACGAUUGGACCUGUCACAGGGACUUUUUCGCUCUUCUGACAAGCCAACUCAUUGGCCGGGUUAUCCGCUGUGAGAGCCAAUGAGAGUGACUUAUUGGUCUCUGGCGUGCUGUGCAGGCUUACUGCUGUCCUAUACUGGUGCUAUUACUUCAAAACUACAGUGUUGAACCGUGAGUGUAUUCUAAGGUCGGUAGUUCAUCUGUGGAGGUUGACAGUUCCUAGAUGAACACACCAUCCAUUAUAAGGCCAUAAAGGGGAGGCGGCGUUAAUCUAGGAUGAACUCUCACCGAUAGAAAACGUUGACAAUUCCUCAACGAAUGUAGUACUCCCAUGUUUUUCGAUCUUCCAUCCCUUAAUGCCUCAGUGUUGGGGAAAUCACAUUGCCUUUUUAUAAUGCCUGUACACUUGAACACACAGCAGGGGACUAGAGGGAUGGCUUUGCUGGAAAGCGGCUCUGAAUAGACUGAGUGGAUAUUUGAGCAGAAAGCAUCACUCCCAUCCCAAGUCAAUAUGGAAAUGUUGCCUUUUUGCACCACUGGUCCAACUCAAUGCUGUCCCCAGAAAUUCUCAGUGGAAGUCAUGUGGAAGUUGAACUUGUGGUGAAUGUAAACCCACUUUAAAAAGCCUUUUUAUUUUCUUUCUUUUUUUGUGUGCGUGUGUGUGUCACUUAUCACACCCGCACAUCACAUCACAUCACAUCACAUCAUUCUUGCAGAAAGACAAAACUAAACAAUUAUGUUUCUAUGUUUUGAAUGCUUGCGUCGCUUGGGGAGACCCGUUCCGUUGUGUUUUGCGGCGUGCCUGCUGGCUCUGCGGAUGCCUACUGUGCAUUACCUUUAACAGGUGUCUCAGUGGACUGAGGAACCAAUCGUGGACUGCGCAGUCUAACCAAACCUGGUUGGAGUGCAUGUGUUUAUAAAACGUACUUUAAAGCUGCUAUUUGAGACUAUGGGGUCGGGCCCAAACUGCAGAUGGUCCAAGAUGCAAAUAAGGUUACUACAAGGUCACUUUAACUAACUGAAGCUGUUCAAAACUUUUGUCAGGGUGGGUGGAAAGUAACCUGCUUACAUUCUUAUUUGUUGCAUUCAAAUGGCUAUUUUGAUUGACUGACCAAAUGCACUGUAAGGAAAGGCCAAUCAUUUUUUUUCUUCUUUUUAUCCUUAGUAAUGUUUCAACUGAUACUACUUGCCUCCGGUCAGCAGCCGUGGAUGGCUGUGACCAUUUGACGUGAAUUGCUCACCAGUCUUGAUUCUGUCAAUCAUUCCUUGAAUGAAAUAGUACAUUUGAUUGUUUUGGUUUGAGAGAGUCCAUUUUUGAAGUGGAAAUAUGCCUUCAGUUGGAACCUCUAGAUUGAUCAAGAACCUUCUAAAUUGACCUACAGGUUCCACCAACCUAGUUCUUUCCACAUAAUGAUCUUAAAGGUUUGAUUAUUGUUUUUUGGGGGGGUGGUACCUUUUCUCAUUUGACACUUUAACUUGUCAAGUAAACUUUCCCAUGUCAAGUGAAUGAGAAACCACACUACGAUUAAUUACAUCUCAUUAAUAAGAAAUCCAUAUUAAUCUGCUGUUUUCAAGCCAUUACUUAGUUCCACUAUGCAAACAAUGUCGAUAGUACGCUAUGAUAGUACACAGAAUGUUUACAAAUCUGCUAAAAGGCUCUAUUUAUGUUCCUUUAUAUUGUCAUACAAAUAAUUGUAUUAUUUUUGUCAAUGUAAUGAAACUUCGAGUGCAGCUUUUUUAUUUCCAAAUUUUGGACACUGUCUUACUUAUGUUAUUAUUUAAUGUACAUUUGAAUAUCUUUUUAAUAAAAUCUUUGAUUUCAA